CGGGCGUGGCAGCUGCACCAGAAGCACAGAGAAAUACGGAGAUAGAGUGGGUAGAAGGAAGGAGCCAGCCAGGACCCAGGAUAACAAAGAGCAGAAGUGGCAUCAGCCAUGUGGCCGGCUUGGCAAGUGAUAACGCUGCUGGGGCUUCUGGCCAGGGCUUUGGCCCUCCACUCGACGCCGGACAGGGCCAUGGCCAUUAGCUCGGCGCUGCUUGGCCAGGACUUUGCGGACUUUCAGCCAUACUUUGGGGUGAAACAGGACCAGGAACCGGAUCAGCUGGUGGCCGCCUCGAAGCACGAGGAGCACUCGGAGGGCGGCGAGGAGGAGUCCGGGGAGGAGCACCACAGCGAGCACUUCCACAAGAAGGGCGGAAAGAGCAAGAAGGGUCACAAGCACGACGAGCACUCCGAGAAGGGGGCGAAAGGUCACCACGACAAGGAGGGCAAGAAGGGGGAGCACGGCGAGGAGGAGGGCCACGAGAAGAAGCACAAGCACUCCGAGGCCCAUCACAAGAAGAAGAAGAAGGGCUCCAAGGGCGAGAAAGGUAGCGAGUUCGAGGACCAUGGCUCCUACAAGAAAGGCCACUCCAUCAAGGGCAAGCACCACGUCCACAAGCUGGACGAGAACAAGAAGGAAAAGAAAUUCUACGAUGAGGAUCACAAAGAGGGCGGCGAGGAGAAGCACGGCGGAUUCGAGGAGUCCAAGAAGCACAAGAAGGGCAGCAGUUUCAAGAAGGGUCACCACAAGAAAGGCGGGCACGAGGAGCACCACGGCAAGAAGGGUCACAGCAAGAAGGGCCACAAGAAGAAGGGUCACAAGGGCCACAAGAAGAAGCACGAGGAGUCGAAGAAGUGGGGCCACAAGAAGGAGCACGGCAAGAAGGGCGGCGAGGAGCACAAGAAGAAGUGGCACAAGUCCCACAAAGAGAGCAGUGAACACGAUCAUCAUGGACACCAUUAA